AAUGUACACAAACGUGGACCAACACAGUGGAAGCAAAGAGAUGGAAGAUCAGGGAGGCGGUUCCGUGGACCACCUCUCGAUGGUGGGGGUUAUACUUGUUCGGAUUCUGCCGCUGUCCUCUACCUUAAGCCAGCUCCCCAGGUCCAUCAAGGUUUCAACGGGUGGAAAAUAUUCUUAUUCGUGUACAUCAGCGAGAAGACGAUUGAACGAUAUGAUGGAGGAUAGUGAUACUGGAUUUCGUCGUCCAAUGACAAAACGAAGAGGAAAUCAAAUUGAUAAUUUAUUAAAUAAGGGAGAGAUUUCUUAUCAUCAUCAUCAUCAUCACAGUAAUUUGAAAAGGAAUUCAACCGAUGAGGAAGAAUCGUAUGACAUGAACCACGUGGAUGGUGGUGAUGCUUCUUUUGCCACGUGCGUCAAGAGAAAACACAAUGACAUUUCAGAUGAGAUUCCAUCGGGUGCCGAAGAUGCUUAUUCUUGUGUGAAGAGAAAAAUGAAUGACAUAUUGUCCGAUGGAAAUAAUUCAUCUUUAAAUAAUGGAACGGAAGCUGCAUUCCGAUGUCCGGCGUUGAAGAAAAAAAUGAACGAAAUCAUUGAGGAAUCUGCUGCUAUUCUCUCAUUGGAUUCAGAAACAUUUUCAAAUUCUUCAAAUAAAAGGAAUGGCGAUGCAUCGUUAAUUGAUUCAAGCGAAAUUGAAGUUGCCUAUCGUUAUGCAACGGCGAAGAGAAAAAAUAUUGAGGGCGAAUCUUCGUGUAAUAUUAUCUCAACGGGCAUUAAUAUUGUGAAGAACAAUAAUUCGAGCAGUAAAAAUAAUAAUUCACCAAUUGGACCAAAUGGUGAAGGAAUCAGCGCCGCCGUCGCCAAAGUUCUCAAGGGUUACGAUUGGAACCUCGUGCCAACUGCUACCAAGGGUUCCGGUGAUAAAAGAGCGACUCACAUAAAAAGGCCGAUGAACGCUUUUAUGGUUUGGGCGCAAGCUGCAAGGAGAAAACUCGCUGAUCAAUAUCCUCAACUUCAUAAUGCGGAAUUGUCGAAAACUCUUGGAAAACUUUGGCGAGUCCUGACGGACAUUGACAAGAGGCCCUUCAUCGAGGAAGCCGAUCGAUUGCGUGUGAUUCACAAGCGUCAGCAUCCGGACUACAAGUAUCAACCCCGACGGAGAAAACAGAAUGGGCCCGGUGGUCGGGAAAAUUCUCCCACAAGGAAUCAAGCGAAUGUGACUUUUAGUGUCGCAAAGUCGAUGAAACAAGAAAACAUUAAUGCCAGGAGUGUGAAGUGUCCGAAUUCGCCUCAGAAUUGUGUCAGUUCGUCUCCUCCCACGACUCCUUCUCAAGGACUGUCUCAAAUGUCACCACCGACCCCUCCAACAACUCCGGGUCAACAUUAUAUUAAUCAAGGGCAUCAGCAUCAACCAAACAAUGCUCUUUAUCAUCAAGAAGUCUCAACUCCAUCCGCGGAUUCACCACAAGGUGAUCUGAGAUAUCUUGAUUUAUCGGUGGAAGAUGGACAACUCAGUAGUUUGAGUUCCCUAGGAGGAGGGAAUCUGGGUAUUCCUUUCAAUCUUCAAGAAUGCGAGGUCGAAAGUAAUGAAUUGGAUCAGUAUCUUUCUCCGUCAGUACAAAAUCUUCAUCAGUACAAUUCCAUGCCACCCACCACAUCAUCUCAAUGGCCUCUCAACAGGUUCGAGGAAGAUUUGGAGAAACCAAAUAAGCGCUAUUAUCCAGAUUCAUCCGUUUCUGAAGUGUACUGGGAAGACAAAUCGCAGGAGAUGAGAUAUCAUGAUCUUCAGCCACCACUACCGUCUGUUCAGUAUGUACCAACUCAACAUCAUCCACAUACAACAACUCAAGUGGGUCAUCCACAUGUUUCUAAUCCUUAUUCCCAGUAUCAUCGUUUUGUGCCCAGUAUCGAAAAUUGGCCUAAUUCCAAUUUCCUUUAAAAAAAAAAUUAGCUAAAGUCCCCCCACCAUUUUUUUUCCUCCCGGACGGAAAAAACGUCGAAUGUUAUUUUACUAUUUUUACAAAAAUUACUCUAUUUAAUUAAUGUUGUGUCGUCUUGAAAAAUCAAUUUUUAAUUACUUCUUUUCGAAAUAAUUAUUUAUUUUUCAAAUCGAUUCUAAAAUGUUUCUCCAUUAUUUUCAAGUUGAGAAUAAUUGAAAAUUAAUAUUUUUCGAAACAAAUUUCGAUAAUUCGAUUACAAAGUAAGAUUUUUUUAAUUCAAGAUCGGAGAUUAUUUACAAAAGAAUUGAUUAAAAAUUGAUUAAAUAUUUAGUAGUUAGUGUUUCUUCAAUUUGUUUUGGAGAAAUUAAAAUAUUUUUUGGAAAUUUUAUAACGACGUUUUUAAAAUUAACAGUUGUUUUUAAAACACUGCUUAAUAAAAAAUGUUUCCGAAAUGAAAAAAAUUCGGAGCACUUGAACGAUUUAUAAUUGAAGACGUUCUAUGUUGACGAUAACAAUUUUAUAAUGAAGACAAAGAGUGGGAGUUGAAGAGAUAGCCAAAUACGAUGUAAUUAAUGGUUAAUUACAGUGAUUAUAAUUAAAUAUAAGUACCGCGCGUGUCAUUUUGGUGCGCAAUUAUUAUAAACUAUAUAUAUACAGUACCGUCCGAAAUUGUCAGUCCACCCAUUUUCAAAGGAAUGACACAAAUUUUUUAACAUAAAAUUCAUGAAAAGUAAAAUUUUUUUUGGUUUAUAUUUUGAA